AUGCGAACCUUUUGGGGAAGGAAGGGUAAAUCGAUCACGUUGCCGUGUUCUCUACCUACUCCUGAAGACAAUAACUACUCUUUGGAAUGGAGAAAGAACAACAAGUUGAUCAUGAGUGCCUAUGGAGCAGAAGCAGGACAAAUUGCUCCGACCUUACAAGGCACUUGUAGCCUUCUAGCUGCGCCAGUUCGAGAUUGUUGCGCACCUGACGAGACAGUAAUAAGGUGUUUGAAUAAAUUGUUUUCUGCAAAUAUUCGAAAGAACCAUGUGAAAAAACCAAAGAACAAUCUACUUAUUGGGCCAAACGAUUAG